GUUCUGAACUACGACUUCCCGACGAACACGGAGGACUACGUGCACCAGAUUGGCCGCACGGGCCGCGCCGGCGCGAAGGGCACCGCCAUCACCUUCUUCACGACCAACGACGCCAAGUCGGCGCGCGAUCUCGUCGGCAUUCUGCGCGAGGCCAAGCAGGAGAUUCCUCCGGAGGUGGAGGAGAUGGCCUCGUACGGCGGCCGUGGCGGCGGCGGACGCGGCGGCGGCUUCCGCGGCGGCCGUGGUGGCGGAGGUGGCCGUGGCGGCUACGGCGGCAGUGGCGCCAACGCAUACGGUGGCGGCGGCGGCGGUGGUCGCUGGUAA